AUGGAAGAUGAACACGAAGGUCAUGAGAAUGAUAACAUUUUGGUACCAGAAAUUCUUAAACGUAGAUAUGUACCUGCUUAUCUUAAAAGUGUCGCCUGGGAAGGCUUCAACUAUGUUGGACAUGAGAUAAAAAUUGUUGAAUCAACAGAACUAUAUGGUGCUACUGUUUGGCCUUCAGCCCUUGUGCUGUGUUAUUUUUUGGAGAAACAUGGAAAACAAUUGUGUAUAGAAGAUAAAAGCAUAAUUGAGAUAGGAUCUGGGACAGGGCUAGUUGCCAUCGUGGCUUCUCUACUAGGGGCCCACGUUGUAGCAACAGAUCUGAAGGAGCUGAUUGGAAACCUACAAUAUAAUGUACUUCGAAAUACCAAAAUGAAAAGUAAACAUGUCCCUCAAGUUAAAGAACUAAUCUGGGCAUCUGAUUUGGAGAAGAAGUUUCCAAAGGCCUCCUUACACUUUGACUAUAUUUUUGCAGCAGAUGUUGUUUACAACCAUCCAUAUUUAGCAGAACUUCUGGAGACAUUUGAUCAUUUGUGCAGUGCACAUACCUCUAUUCUUUGGGUCAUGAGAUAUAGGAAAGAAAAUACACAUCUGGAGAAUGCAUUUAUUCAGAAAUUCCAAAAACUAUUUGACAUGGAGGUUAUCUAUGAUCUGCCAAGUCUGAGCAUAAAACUCUACAAAGCUAGAAGAUGCAACUGCCAAAAAUAAUGGACAUUACUAUGCAAAUUCCAAAUGAAAACUCAUAUAUCAUAUAUCAAUA